GCAAGAUGGCGGUCGGGCCUUGGCUGCUGCCCCGGGUCAGGCGGAGCUCGGGGGUCUUGGGCUGAGGCGGUGGUAAACUGCGGCCCCGACCCCGACCGCGGGGGCCUCGAGCGGAUAAAGGUCUACGGCCUGCGGAUAAGGAAACUGAGGCCUAGAGAGGAUAAGUAACUUGGCCAAAUAAGGUAGAACGAGAACUAGAGAGAACGAAGGGCUACUUUGAUCCAAGGCUUUCUCUGCUACACACAGCCUUUUCUACACACAGCCUUUUCUUUGAUUCUCCAGGACAUUUAGCAGAAAAACACAAGCUCCUCUGAAGUGAGAAGCUGUCCUCAGCUGUGAGCCCUGUGCAAAAUCACUAAUGACUGAUUACCUGACAUUUCUGCGUCACCGGCAGGUCCUCAGGGUUUGUGCAAGUUUGCAAACAUGUUCACUGUUUCUCAGACCUCGAGAGCUUGGUUCAUUGAUAGAGCCCGUCAGGCUCGAGAGGAAAGGCUGGUGCAGAAGGAGCGGGAGAGGGCAGCUGUGGAGAUUCAGGCCCACGUACGGAGUUUUCUCUGUCGGCGUCGACUGCAAAGGGAAAUCAGGAAAGAGAUUGAUGAGUUUUUUAAAGAAGAUGACUCUGGGUCCAGUAAAAGAAGUGCACUUUGUAUUUUUAAGACUGCCAGGAAACUGCUGUUCUUGUUCAGAAUUAAAGAGGAUGAUGAGAGAUUUGAGAAGUUGUGUCGCUGCCUCCUGAGCAGCAUGGAUGCUGAGAAUGAACCCAAGGUAUGGUACGUGUCCCUGGCUCUUUCCAAGGAUCUCACCCUCGUAUGGAUUAAACAGAUCAAAGACAUUCUGUGGUAUUGCUGUGAGUUUCUUGAGCAGCUCAAGCCUGAAAUUUUACAAGACUCCAAACUCAUCACACUGUACCUCACGAUGCUUGUCACCUUUACAGACACUUCAACAUGGAAGAUUCUCCGGGGAAAAGGUGAGAGUCUUCGACCAGCCAUGAACCGCAUUUGUGCAAAUAUAAUGGGCCAUCUCAACCAGCAUGGAUUUUAUUCUGUGCUGCAGGUAUUGUUAACCCGUGGCCUGGCGAGACCCCGACCUUGUCUGUCCAAAGGCACUUUAACAGCAGCCUUUUCCCUAGCAAUGCGCCCUGUGAUUGCUGCACAAUUUUCAGACAAUCUGAUCCGGCCGUUCCUCAUCCACAUCGUGUCUGUGCCCGCUCUCGUGACUCAUCUCAGCACAGUGACCCCCGAGCGCCUCACUAUUUUAGAAUCUCAUGACAUGCUCCGUAAAUUCAUCACAUUUUUAAGAGACGAAGAUCGAUGCCGUGAUGUAUGUGAAAGUUUAGAAGGAUGCCAUACACUUUGUCUCAUGGGCAACCUCCUGCACUUGGGCUCCCUCAGCCACAGGGUGUUAGAGGAGGAGACAGAUGGGUUUGUGAGUUUGCUCACCCAAAUGCUCUGCUACUGUCAGAAGUACGUGUCCCAGAAGAAAUCCAACCUGACCCACUGGCACCCUGUCCUUGGCUGGUUCUCCCAAUCCGUGGACUAUGGCCUUAACGAGUCCAUGCCCUUGGUCACCAGACAGCUGCAGUUCCUGUGGGGGGUGCCUCUGAUCCGGAUCUUCUUCAGUGACAUCCUGAGCAAGAAGCUGCUGGAGAACCAGGAGCCGGUCCACGCGCCGCCAGCGUCCCCACAGAAUGUGCUUCCCGUGAAGACUCUCCUGAAGCGUGCAUUUCAGAAGUCGGCGUCAGUUCGGAAUAUUCUCAGGCCUGUUGGGGGUAAACGUGUUGAUUCUGCGGAGGUACAGAAGGUUUGCAACAUCUGCGUCCUCUACCAGACCUCGCUGACGACUCUCACCCAGAUCCGGCUGCAGAUACUCACAGGUCUCACUUACCUUGAUGACCUGCUGCCCAAACUUUGGGCGUUUAUCUGUGAACUGGGGCCCCACGGAGGGUUAAAGCUCUUCUUGGAAUGCCUCAACAAUGACACUGAAGAGUCUAAGCAGCUCUUGGCCAUGCUGAUGCUGUUCUGUGACUGUUCCCGGCACCUCAUCACGAUCCUUGAUGACAUUGAAGUUUAUGAAGAACAGAUUUCAUUCAAACUGGAAGAACUGAUCACCAUCUCCUCUUUUCUGAAUUCCUUUGUGUUUAAGAUGAUCUGGGAUGGAAUCGUAGAGAAUGCCAAGGGCGAGACCUUGGAGCUGUUCCAGUCCGUCCACGGGUGGCUGAUGGUGCUGUAUGAGCGGGACUGCCGGCGGCGCUUCGCCCCCGAGGACCACUGGCUGCGAAAGGAUCUCAAACCUAGCGUGCUUUUCCAAGAACUUGACAAGGACAGAAAACGGGCUCAGCUGAUCCUGCAGUACAUCCCACAUGUCAUUCCUCACAAAAACAGAGUUCUCCUGUUCCGAAACAUGGUGACCAAGGAGAAGGAGAAACUGGGGCUUGUGGAAACCAGCUCCGCCUCCCCUCAUGUCACUCACAUCACCAUCCGCCGGUCCCGGAUGUUGGAGGAUGGCUACGAGCAACUUCGGCAGCUCUCCCAGCACGCCAUGAAGGGCGUCAUCCGCGUGAAGUUUGUCAAUGACCUCGGGGUGGACGAGGCAGGGAUUGAUCAAGACGGCGUUUUCAAGGAGUUCUUGGAAGAGAUCAUCAAGAGGGUGUUUGACCCAGCGCUCAACCUGUUCAAGACGACCAGUGGGGACGAGAGACUCUACCCUUCACCCACGUCCUACAUUCAUGAGAAUUACCUGCAGCUCUUUGAGUUUGUGGGCAAGAUGCUGGGGAAAGCUGUGUAUGAGGGAAUUGUGGUGGACGUGCCCUUUGCAUCCUUCUUCCUGAGCCAGCUGCUCGGGCACCACCACAGCGUCUUCUACAGCUCUGUGGAUGAACUGCCUUCUCUGGACUCCGAGUUCUAUAAAAACCUCACUUCCAUUAAGCGGUACGAUGGGGACAUUGCUGAUUUGGGCCUGACACUGUCAUAUGAUGAGGAUGUCAUGGGUCAGCUUGUUUGCCAUGAACUGAUUCCUGGAGGGAAGACCAUUCCUGUUACAAAUGAAAAUAAAAUUAGCUACAUCCAUCUGAUGGCCCACUUUCGAAUGCACACUCAAAUCAAGAACCAGACAGCUGCCCUCAUUAGUGGAUUCCGUUCCAUCAUCAAACCUGAGUGGACCCGGAUGUUCUCGACCCCUGAGCUACAGCGACUCAUUUCCGGGGACAAUGCUGAGAUCGAUCUGGAAGAUUUAAAGAAGCACACAGUGUACUACGGUGGUUUCCAUGGAAGUCACAGGGUCAUCAUCUGGCUCUGGGAUAUCCUGGCCUCUGACUUCACGCCCGACGAGAGAGCCAUGUUUCUGAAGUUUGUGACCAGCUGCUCCAGGCCCCCCCUCCUGGGAUUUGCCUACCUCAAGCCUCCCUUCUCCAUCCGCUGUGUGGAAGUGUCGGAUGAUCAGGACACCGGGGACACCCUGGGCAGCGUCCUGCGCGGCUUCUUUACCAUCCGCAAGCGGGAGCCAGGUGGCCGCCUGCCCACCUCCUCCACCUGCUUCAACCUGCUCAAGCUGCCCAACUACAGCAAGAAGAGCGUCCUGCGGGAGAAGCUGCGCUACGCCAUCAGCAUGAACACGGGCUUCGAGCUCUCCUAGCUCCCGUCCUCGCAGACUCCGGGCUCCCAGGCACCCUCAGCCCCAAGAGGCGGCGUUCCCCUGGGAGCACGACUGACGUGCCAGGGGACGGUGGCCCCCAUACCCUCUCUAUAGCCAUGAGACCCCCCUGUGGCCUCAAGAACUUUGGAUGCACGUGACAAAGCUACCCAGCACUCUCCAGGUGACACUAACAGGAAGGGGGGGUUGAAAAUAAACCUCCAGAUUCCGCCAG